CACACACACACACACACAAUCACAAUCUCAGCAUCUCCUCACUGAUGACAAAGGGUCCUCCAGGGAGACGCGCCGCGCGUGACCGCGUCCUCUGCUCUCGUGCUGCUGCAGACAGAAACACAGACAGACGGACAGGAGGACAGACAGGAGGACAGACAGCCGGUGUUUGUCGGUGAGGAUGCGCGCGGAGAGCAGCAGCAGCAGCAGCUUGCGGUGAUCAUAGGAUCGGUACCGAGAGGCGGAGCAGCCGCAGCUGAGCGCGAGGAGCAGACCGGACACCAUGAGCUGCAACUGGGGCACCGAGCUGUGGGAUCAAUUCGAUAACUUGGAGAAACACACUAGUUGGGGAAUUGACUUCUUGGAGAGAUACAGCAAGUUUGUUAAAGAGCGAGCCGACAUCGAGCUGAGCUACGCCAAACAGAUCAGGAGUCUGUCUAAGAAGUACCACCCUAAGAGGAGCAGAGAGGACGAGAGCAGGUACACCUGGUGUUUGGCGUUCGCGGCAACGCUCCGUCAGCUGAACGAACUUGCUGUUCAGAGAGAAGAACUCGCUGAAAACCUGAAUACGCAGAUCGUCUGUGAGCUGACACGCUACACACAGGAAGUGAAGACCGAGAGGAAGACUCAUUUCCAAGAUGGCCGCCGUGCCCAGCAGCACAUCGAAAGCUCCUGGAAACAGCUGGAGUCUAGUAAACGUCGGUUUGAGCGUGACUGUAAGGAGGCGGAGCGAGCUCAACAGAUCUCCGACAGAAUUGACCUGGACAACAAGACUGACGGAGAGAAGCGCUGCUCACUGAAGGCUCGUCAGACGGCUCAGCAAAAAAAACAAGCUGCUGAAGAGUCCAGGAAAGAAUAUGUGACCAGUUUGAACCAGUUUAACCAGGACCAGCAUCAGCACUACCACACCCUGGUACCAGUUAUAUACCAGCGUAUCCAGGACAUGGAGGAGCGGCGGAUUGAGAGGAUCUGUGAAGCGAUGCGUUCGUCAGCGGAGGCUGAGAGGAAAGUUCUUCCUGUUGUGAGUCGCUGUCUGGACGUCAUGAUGGACGCUGCUGAGAGCAUCCAGCCCAGGAUGGACACCCAGCAGGUAGUGGAGGUGUACAAAUCAGGCUUCGACCCUCCAGGUGACGUUGAGUUUGAGGACUACAGCGCCACCAUGAGGCGAAGCAUCUCUGAAUCCAGUUACCUCGACAAUCGAACUGAGGGGCGGAGACACAGCAGGAAGCUAUGGCCCUUCAUCCGAAAAAACAAGCUGCUGACCCUCCUGUCCUCCCCUCGCCAGCCUCCCCCUCCACCCCCAACGUCACCUUCACCUGGAGGCAUGGCCAACAGUCCCCAGUCCCCGCCCCCUGCCUCAAGAGAACCAAUCACACAGCGACUGAAUGACCUCAUGACCUCCAGCUCCAGAACCAGAAAGCAGUGUCUGCGCAGCCUGAAAAGAGGGGUACACACACACACACACACACACACACACACACACACACGAAGCUGUGUUUGUAAUGUUGUCGUUUCCUUCCUGCUUCUCUCUGAUUGGACAGCUGUCACUCAAACUGGUCAGUAUCACACCCGUCAGUCUAUAACACGUGUGUCACACCACAUUUACUGUUACUGUGUUAAUGUGAUGUCAUGUGAUGACCUUUUUCAGGGCUCCAGUCCUGCAGACUGCAGUCACCUCCCUCCUGAACAGAGACGAAAGAAACUUCAGACCAGAAUCAACAACAUCAACCAGGAGAUUCAGAGGGAGAAGGAGCAGAGAGACGCUCUCCUGAAGAUGAGGGAGGUGUACGAACGAAGUCCUCAGAUGGGCGAUGCUGGCAGUUUGGAACCUCGACUGGAGGAAGUUAAACAGAGUCUGCAGAGACUGGACGACGAGCUGAGGAGGAACCAGGCAUGGCUUUCAGAGGCAGAUAGCAGAAUGUCUGACCACGGCGGUCAAAGACAAAGUGGAGGUUGUGGGUUAAAUUCUCAGGCGACGACGCCCGGCAGCAGCAGCCUGAAACAGCUGGACAACCGCAGCCCUGCCAGCAGAGAGAGUCCUGACGGCAGCUACACUGAGGACCACAGUGCAGAGCUUCAAUUCAAGUCUCGCAGUUCGGAGUUUGAUGACGACUUUGAUGAUGAAGAACCGUUACCGAGUAUUGGCACCUGCAAGUCCCUUUACCCGUUCCAAGGUCAGAACGAAGGUACUCUGUCAAUGGUGGAGGGGGAACUACUUUCUGUGGUGGAAGAGGACAAGGGUGACGGUUGGACCAGAGUGCGGAGGAACCUGGAGGAGGAGGGAUACGUCCCCACCUCCUACAUCAAAGUCUUCCUGGACAGCAGUGCCAAAGGCUUUGUGCAGAGUAGUCGGCUAGUCUAGCACAGUAAUCGACCAGUGAGGACGUCUCGCCACAGGAAGUGAUGUAAAGGAAAAGGUUCUGAGGAAGUCGGGUAACAGCUUCUCAUUGGACAGUUUAACUCUUCCGAUAUCUAAGCCAAUCAGAUGACAGACUGCUGUCAAUACACGAUGAAAGAGAUGUUCUGCCAGUGAUUGACUGAGAUCAGAUAUUAGACAGGUCCCAAACACAGAUCAUGUGUCAGAUCAGACAUUAGACAGGUCCCACAUACAAACUGUGUCAGAUGAGAUAUUAGACAGGUCCCAGUCAUUAUCAGACAGUUAUCUCAGAUGAAAUCUGAAAGAAUCCACGUUAACGACCAGUUUAAUUUUCAGUGAAGAAAAUAAAUUAAAAUAAAUGUAUUAAACUUACUUUCAUGUUUCAGCCAGAGAUGAUUCUUUAAUUUUUUUGUGCUUUAAUUUUUUUUUUUAUCUCAUUCAAUUUUUUUUGUUGUAAUUUAUCACUUCAAAUAUUUCUCUGACAAUCUGACCUGAGAUCAGUUUAAUGUGUCACAGACCUGAGAUCAGUUUAACGUGUCACAGACCUGAGAUGAAUGUUUUUGUGACCAAAAACAAAAUGGCAGACACUCCUUUCUGUAGAGAGACUGAAAUAAAGAAACAUCUAGUUUUGUCAAUGCAGUGAUAUCACAGGGUGUGUCCCCACAUGGUGACAUCACUGUGACACUGCUGUGAGGUCAUGUGACUGUGUGAAGUUUUCAAAAUGUAAAUAUGAACCGUAGCUGCACAGGUGUAGCCCCAACCCCUGUUUACCUGCUGAUAUUAGCCCCACCCCCAGAUUAACUUGUGUGUAUUAGCCCCGCCCCCGCUUGUUGAUCCAUGAUCGUUAUUGAUUGUGUGAAAUGUGAAACUUUUUUAUUUCAUAGUGAGAACUUGAUCAGUUAUUGAUUUUUUUAUUGAGACGUGAGACUGCUGAUCACGCUCUUUUCAACUUCCUGU